AUAGAGAUGGGCCCACCUUACCACACAAGCCGAGCUGUCAGCAGUACAGUUAUCCAACUUCACAGAGGAGACAUUGCUGCUAAGAGUUUCAAGUAUUGGCUUUCUAAGCAUCAUUUCACAGGGCCAUGGAGGAGAAGAUGCCGCCAACGGGAGUGCCUCAUUUUGUGGGGAAGAAGGAAGAACUGAUUGAAGCAAAGCGCUCAUUCAGAACACUAGAGGGUCGGGACAUACUGAUCAUCCACCACCAGAGCGUCUUCUAUGCUGUUGACUCGUACUGCUAUCAUGCUGGGGGACAACUGCAGAAUGGAGACAUUGAGGAAAUUGCUGGCAAGCUGUGCAUAAUUUGUCCGAACCACAAGUACAAGAUCUCUCUUGCAGAAGGGGAGGGCCUGUACAAGGCCAGGGACCCCACGGAAGAAAAGCCUGUGCGCAGAUGGUACUCCAAAGGCGUGAAGCAGCGGAUCCACACUGUCACUGAGAGCAACGGGGAUGUCUAUGUCAUGCUCUCCCAGUGCUCAAACUGGAUCGAGUCAGACUUCUUCCAGGGAGAGAAGGGCAAGGUGGAAAGGGCCAAAGCCGCAGCAGCCGAGAAGAAAACAUAAUACUGUACCGGUGUUGAGAAAAUGAAAUCAAAACAAUCAUAGUAGUUGGAAACAUACGUUUUUGGUUCAUUUAGAUUCUCUGAUUCUCUGUUUUUGAAUUGGGGAGCGGCAUGAGGUAGCUAAAUGCAAAUCCAUACACGAGUAUCCCUCUGCAUUUUAAUUUGAAUCAUUUAUUAUGCAUACAGCGAAUUCAUUAGUAAGAUUUAAAAGAAAGGUUCAGUGGAAAAUUGUUUAAAUGUAAAGAUCCUACCACACUUUUUGUAACAUAUCGCUUUCACUCCCUCAGAUAACCUCAGAAAAUGUUUGUAUAACAGGUCAUAGAUUUCAGCAGGUAUUUAUGUUCCUUUUCAAUUUGCAAAAUAUUUUCUUGAGCAACUGUGAAAGAGAAAAAAAAAGAAGAAAACCCUUUUGAGGGCACCAAGCAGCGACAAUACUGGAGGUUGUUGAAAAGUGUGUUGACAUUCGCUGAGAGGAACUGUUUCCCUCUCCUGAUCCCACGAGGUCAUUCUGCACAGAAAGCCUCCAAGAUACCUUCCAUUUUAACUUUACUUACAAAAAUGCUGUUUUUUACAAUUCACACAAUGUAUCUUGAUAGCCUCUUUGUUGGACUCUCCCUGUCUGGACAUUUGAAAACAAAUAAAAAAACCUUAUCAUUUCUAAUUUAAA